AUGCUCCAAGCGCAGAGCCAACACGUCUUCUCGCACCAGCAUCAGUACCCUCAAGCUGAUCCUUCGUGGCUGCAGCAUCAACAGCAGCAACAGCAGCAGCAGCACCACCACCAGGCCCAGCCACACCCCCAGCAGCAGCAGCAGCAGCAGCAGCAGCGGCAGCAGCAUGCCUCCCUGGUCGCCCAGCAGCAUGCUCAGGUCCAGGCCGCCGCGGCCGCCGCACAGCAGCAACAUUAUGGUCGCCUUGCCAUGAGUGGCAACGGGGCAGUGAACCCUGCGCAGAGUGCUGGUGCUGUCGGUGGGAUGGGCGGCGAGGGCCUUGCGAAUGCGGUCUCCGUCAUGGACGGCGGAAUCAGCGAGGAGAAUCGCAAGGUCUUCAUCUGGGUGGCAGAACUUCUGGACCCAGCUCGUCGUGAGACGGCGCUGAUGGAGCUUAGCAAAAAGCGGGAGCAGGUCCCCGAGCUGGCUUUGGUUAUUUGGCAUUCGUUCGGUGUCAUGACUGCCCUUCUCCAGGAAAUCAUCUCGGUCUACCCCCUCCUGAACCCUUCUCAGUUAACUGCCGCCGCAUCAAAUCGAGUCUGCAAUGCGCUGGCGCUCUUGCAGUGUGUCGCAUCCCACAAUGAGACUCGCACUCUCUUCCUGAAUGCUCAUAUCCCCCUGUUUCUCUAUCCUUUUCUGAACACGACCUCGAAAUCUCGACCGUUCGAGUACCUCCGUCUCACAUCUUUGGGCGUCAUCGGAGCCUUGGUGAAGAAUGACUCAUCAGACGUUAUUAACUUCCUUCUCACCACCGAGAUCAUUCCCCUCUGUCUUCGCAUCAUGGAGACUGGGUCGGAACUCAGCAAGACUGUUGCCAUCUUCAUUGUCCAGAAGAUCCUUCUCGAUGACAUUGGCUUGGCAUACAUUUGUGCGACAUAUGAGCGGUUCUAUGCCGUUGGCACCGUCCUCAGUAAUAUGGUCACUCAGCUGGUUGAGCAGCAGACGGUUCGGCUUCUCAAGCACGUCGUCCGCUGCUUCCUUCGCCGGGCCCGCGAGGCUUUGCGGCAAUGUCUGCCCGAACCACUCCGUGACGCGACCUUCUCCUCCGUCCUCCGCGACGAUGCAGCCACUAAGCGCUGCCUGGCCCAGCUCCUAAUCAACCUGUCGGACAACGUUUCUGACGGAGCCUCGGCGGCCAUGUAA